AUGGUGAAAGUUGGGCUAGUGUUGGGAAUCGGUGUUGACAUUGUGAAAAAGUCUCGAUUCGAGCAUCUUUUAAAAGAUAAAAGCUCAUCGUUUGCUGCAAGACUAGGGAAGAGGAUCCUACAUCCGAAACAUGAACACCCCCGGUUCCAAACCAUGAAGCCAGAGAGACAAGUCGAGUACAUGACUGGUGCAUGGGCUGCCAAAGAGGCACUUUUCAAAACUUUGAAUCCCACGGAGCAGCUGGUUUUCAAUUUCAACGAUUGGUACCGGUACCAUGACUCGCAAGGCAAACCGUUUGUGUGGAAUGACGACUUGGAGAUGCUGGACGAAAAAUUUCAUCUAAGUAUAUCUCACGAUGGAUCAUUUGUUAUCGCUACAGUGCUUCGACAGAAAACGUAUAAUUUAUAG